AGAUAGGAGGAGGUCAGGUUAUAUUAAAAUUUAGGCCAACAAAGAGAACAGCAAUACGUUAUGCGGCUUGUACAAUAUCUACAAAAUGGAAAACAAUGUCUUGGACUGGAACUUACUGAAGGUGGCGAUAUCGUCAAUUUAAACCAGGCAGAUGCUAAAAUACCAUGUGAUAUGAGGACUUUCAUUGAAUGUGGCGAAGAUAUAUGGAAACGGGCACAAAGUGUUUCAAACAGACCAUACUGUCUGGUACAUCGGGACAAUGUGAAGUUACUUGCCCCUAUUACAUCAUGUGAGAAGGUGUUGUGUAUUGGUAUGAACUACAGGGACCACUGUAAGGAACAAAAUGCUCAGAUAUCCGACGAUCCUGUCGUGUUUAACAAGUUCCCGAGUUGUAUUACUGGACCAAAUGAUGAUCUGAGUUACCCAGGAGAGACAGAGGUCCUGGACUGGGAGGCCGAGCUCGCGGUAGUGAUAGGAAAACAGGCAAAACAUGUCCAGGUCAAAGACGCUAUGGAAUAUGUCUUCGGCUUUACUGUUGCAAAUGACGUCACUGCACGGGACUGCAUGAAGAAAAAUGGCGGACAGGUUCUUCUUGGCAAAGCCAGGGACCAGUUUUGUCCUCUUGGACCAUCAGUUGUCACCACAGACGAAUUAGGAGAUCCUCACAAUCUUCGUAUUAAAUGCAAGGUAAACGGGGUGGUAAAGCAGAAUAGUAACACGAACCAACUUAUUCAUAAAACAGAACAGAUCGUAGCACAUAUUUCUAGAUUUAUUACACUGAAACCAGGAGAUGUGAUUUUGACGGGUUCCGCUCCAGGUGUAGGAUACUGUAGAAAACCACCAGAAUCUCUAGAGAAAGGCCACAUUGUUGAGGCGACGAUUGAAAAAAUCGGGACGAUCAUCACGAAAAUUGUUUAAAUCAGUUGUAAAUCAUACUGUGUCAAUGAAGUGUCUCUUGUUUUAUCUGAACUACCUGAAAUGACAUCAUCGAAUUUAGUCCCAUGUUAAAUAUCUUUACUAAGUGGCAUUUGUACGCAGAAAUCGAAAAGAAACGGAUACAAUAUCCGAUAUUAUUCUAUACCUAUUUUAUCUAUCCAAUGCGAACGUUCAUUUGCAACACGUGACCGUACAAUAUAUUACGGUAUAUUUGGAUGCACGUACGUACAAAAUCCUGUAUUUUCUGUAUUUGGACGCACGCGCGUACAAAGAAUCCUGUAAUUUC